AAAAUCUUAGUAGGCUAGCUACGCAUUUAAAAGACAACAUAAGGACCGACUACAUAUAGCAACAAAUCCAGAGGCUACGCACUUAGCUAUGGACGUUUGAUUGAUAACCGCUCUGCCCUUCAUCUAUUCUUUAUCAUUCUACCUGUUUGAUAUUGGAGAGAACACGAGCGAGUCCUUUCUAUUGAUAUAUAAUCUAUUACAAUUGGUUUACGUCUAGGAGGUUGUUUUAGACUACAGUACAUCAUUUCCAAAGCCAGUUCUCGCAUAGUGCAAGGAUGCGAAUUCCACUUACAUUCAUUCUGUUUUUCAAGUUAAGUUGGGGUCUUCCAAUUGAUUUGUUGAUGUGAUUUGUUACAGACACGGUCAUUCUGUUCCAGCGGUCGGGAGUGGUCGGCGAGAUGGAGACCGUCGAGCAGGUCUUGGUCAACGGAGCACCUCUCUCCAACUGCGGGAAAUACGUCAGUGGCAUUCUCCGUGCUGUAUUGCUGGGCAACUACAGCGAGUCUUUUCAACAGGCGUUCGAGAUAGAAGAAAAUGUCACCAACACCAUGACAAAAAAUCCUACUUACCAGUACCUGCGUGUGCGUGAAUGCAAACUGAAUGGAUUUCGAGUGGUGCAUUUGACCGACCAGCUCCUUGUAAACGGGAAUGACUUCCUGACUCUGGACCAAUCCACAGACACCUGGACAGCUGAGGUACCACAGGCCCUCUCACUCAAACAGCUUUGGGACUGGGACACUGAGCGCACGAGGAGGGAGAGGAUGCAACUCCAUGAGAGCUGUACCGAGCUGAUGGAGCUCACACAAUCUGAGCCCACCACCAAUGGAGCAGGGACGUCCCUGCUGACUGUCCUGGCUCCACUGUUUGCAGGCCUGGCCUUUGUUGCCGUGGUUAUUGCAAGCUUCCUCAUCUCUCAACAAGAUCCCAAAGUUUCCGGACACCCUGGAGGUGUACUUGGCUCCAUUGUCCACUACCCUCAGAAUGUCACAGAAACACCUCAGGCCCCUCAAUCAGGAAAAGASAACCAGGUCCUCUAAAACUCAACCCACCUCCUCUCAUCCACCUCUGAUGACCCCUGUUCCUUUCUAUUCUAGUUAGAGACAGCUAGCGCUGUUCUGUGGCGGGAGUAGUACACAGCGUUUUGUACGAGAUCUUCAGUUUCUUGGCAAUUUCUCGCAUGCAAUAGCCUUCAUUUCUCAG